AUGGGCCACGGCAACAGCGACAAGCUCUACAUCACUCAUGCAGAACACUCUGGAGGACUCGGUGAGCACUCGGCGUCUCGAGGGGCCCGCUCCAAGAACACGGUCCUCGCCAAGCUCCCGUUCGACCACUGCGCCCUCACCCUCAAGCCGUUCGAGACGCCCGUGUGCACCGCCGACGGCACCGUCUACGAGCUCGUCGCCAUCAUCCCCUUUAUCCGCCAGCACGGCACCGACCCCAUGACGGGCAAGAAGCUCGCACCGGGCGACCUCGUCCGCCUCAACUAUGCCCGCAACAACGACGGCAACUACCACGACCCGAUCACGUUCAAGGUCUUCAACGACCACACGGCCAUCGCCGCCAUCAAGACGACCGGCAACGUGUACGCCCGCGAGUCGAUCGACCGCCUCAACAUCAAGGCGCGCAACAUGAACGACCUGCUCACGGACGAGCCCUUUACGCGCAAGGACAUCAUCACGCUGCAGGACCCGCUCAACCUCGAGCCUCGGGACGUGUCCAAGUUUGACUAUGUGCGGCGUGACCUCAAGGUGGACGAGGACGAGGGUGCGCUGAGCGGCAUCAACGUCGAGGCGAGCGGGAUCGCGAGGGUGCUCAAGACGCUCGAGAAGGGCAAGCAGGACAAGGAGGCACUCGAGGCAAAGGCGAGCCUCGUCCCCUCGGCCGCCUCGUCGACCUCGGCCAACCCGUACAACACGGCGCCAAUCUCGAACAACCGCACGGCGGCGUCGUUCACGUCGACCUCGGCCGCCGUCAGCACAAAGGCCGAGAACGCCCUGUGGGACGAGGAGCACCUCAUGUACGAGCAGGUCAAGGAGCGUGGCGAGAAGGGCUACGCGAGGCUCGUCACCAACUUUGGCGCGCUCAACUUCGAGCUCUUUGCCGGCGUCGCUCCCCGAGCGUGCUACAACUUUCUGAGCCUCGCCCGCGAGGGCUACUACCAGAACGUCAAGUUUCACCGCCUCAUUCCCGGCUUCAUGCUCCAGGGCGGCGACCCGACGGGCACGGGCCGCGGCGGCGAGUCGCGGUGGGGCAAGCCUUUCGAGGACGAGUUCACGGCCCGCAAUGCUCAGAAGCACGACCAGCGAGGAGUGCUCGCCAUGGCCAACUCGGGGCCCAACACGAACGGGUCGCAGUUCUACGUCACCUUUCGCGACAAGUGCACCCACCUCGACGGCAAGCACACCGUGUUCGGCCGACUCGUCGGCGGGCAAGACGUCCUGUCCAAGCUCGAGCGCGUCCCGACCGACCCGGCGACGGACCGCCCGCUCAAGCCUGUCGUGCUCGUCGACGUCGAGGUGUUUGGCGACCCGUUCGACGAGUACAAGAAGCGGCUCGACAAGCGGCUCAAGCGCGAGGAGGACGAGCGGCUUGGGAGGGGCGAGAAGGAGAGGAGGAGGGAGGAGAGGGCAAAGGACCGGACGACGUGA